AUGUCGGCCGACAAGUCAGAUUCUGAUUGUGCCGAUGACUCGUCCGACUGUUCAAACAAGUUUUGGCAUCGUCCUCCUGAACAAAGCCCAGAAGCCACCGUGAACAACGAUUCCUCAGAAUCGCUGGGAACCAAGGCAUUUGGUGGUGUUUUAACGGGGAAAGCCAAGAAUGGCAUGGACGACGAUCGGGGCAUUUCAAAACGUCGCCAGACAAAAAUGCUCUUAGUAUCACUGAUUGAAUCUUUUUGUCGUGUUCAUGGCGACACGCCCGAGGCCAAUCGACGUGUCUUUUUCCUUAUCUGUCAAACGCUCAGUUCACUUGGCUUUAUUGAUUCUGAGUUUGUCGAUGAAAUGGCGAGCGUGCGGUCGACCUUCCAAUCUGCUUUCCAGACAUUAUUUUACACUGCUGUAGAAACUGUAAACGACCCGGGUUUUCGCAAGCCCAUGAUGAUUGCUUCGACCGAAUUUCAUCAGCAACAGCAGCAACAGCAACAACAACAGCGCGUCCAAAACCAGCAACCACCCUCAUCGUCAUCGACGCCUCAGCCAGAACAACCACCGAUAUUUGAUCUGAAUAUACAAAACUCGCGUUAUCGCAAUGAUUUUGUUCAAGUCAGCUUGUUGGGUCGUGGUGGGUUCGCAAGUGUAUGGCGUGCACACAACAAACUGGACAAUAUUGACUAUGCAGUCAAGCAGAUUCAUUUGGGUCCUGACCUGUCGGAUGAUGCUCGCUGUGAUGAUGGACAAGGUCCAUAUGACAAGAUAUUCCGGGAAAUCAAACAUUUAGCACGUUUAGAGCACAAAAAUGUUGUGCGGUACUACUCGUCGUGGUUGGAGUAUACAAACCAUAUUCCCGAGAAUGGCGGCAAAUCAUCGACUCAAGGUGAAGUUUACAACGACGGCAAUAGCAGCGAUAUGGACAGCGUAUUUGGUGGACGAGAUCCAACCUUUGAUGAUGACGACAACAGUGGUGAACCAUCCUUCUCUCCCGUCAAGCUAUCAGAAGAAGACAUGAGUCGCAUCGACUUUGUGGAUGAUGGAGCAAGCAAAGAUGUCGUUGCUGGAGAGUCCAUCAACGCAGCAACAGACUAUGUAACGAGCGAAAUAAACAGCAGCAGCAAAAAAGACGCAGCUGUCUGCAUUCCGAAUUUUGAAGCGAAACGAUCCACACGCAAGGAAUACGAACGACGCGUCCGAAAACGAGCAAGAACAAGGAGCGGCUCUCGUUGCGGAUGGACAUUGUAUAUCCAAAUGUAUCUAUGCCCUGCAACACUCUAUGAUUAUAUCAAGCAUCGAAACGACACGGGCACGUCUGUUGACAAGGAACGCAAUAUUGAGCUUUUCACGCAGAUACUCGAAGGUGCAGCGUACAUUCACGCAAGCGGAUUGAUCCACCGAGAUUUGAAACCAAGCAACAUCUUUUUGACCAUGACGACGACCAAUGAAUAUCACAACAGCAAUGGCAGACGACACUGGCGGUCGUCAUCAUCAUCACUCAACAACACAAGAAUGCACCAUCAACAUAGCUUCUCGUACGAUUCAGUCCGCGGCGAAGACGGUACGCUGCGCGACUGUAUGUGGAAUGAAGUAUGGAUACCAAAGCUAGGUGAUUUCGGUUUGGCUGCUGCUGUCAUGACAACGCAUUGUAAGCAGGCUCCACCUUCGUUGCUGUCGGCGUCAUCGCCUACUACUAUCACGGAUCAUCUGUCGUUUAUGGAUUGUCAUACUGGAUCACAGCAUAGCUUGAUGACCUUGUCUUCAUCCUACUGUCGCCGUGGAAGCAAUAGUAGUAGCAGCGAGGAGGAGGAGGAUAGCCGGUUUGUAAUGCAAAAACUGACGAGUGCUGUUGGCACGCGAACUUAUGCAGCACCGGAACAAUUGGCUGACCCGCCACGACCAUACGAUGAUAAGGCUGAUAUUUACUCGCUUGGAAUUAUAUUUUUCGAGCUAUUCCAGCCUUUUACAACAGUCAUGGAAAGAGCAUGCGCAAUCCAACGGCUUAAAAAGGGUGUUUUUCCAGACGGAUUUGUAGAAAAGUAUCCAAAAGAGUCUGCACUUAUCUUGUGGAUGAUGGAUGAAGAGCCAGCUCAUCGACCGAGUGCUGAGCAGCUGUUGGAGUUUGAGCUAUUUGUACCCCAACUGGCAGUUGUUGAAGAGAACAUGUACAGCACCAUACAAGCACAACUCCAAGCAAAGUCGGUGGCGCUAGAUACAAAGGACCAAGAAAUGGCAGCACUGCGUAAAAGGCUGGAGCAGAUUGAGCAGCAAAAUAAGCGGGAUAUGGAUGCAAUGCAGCGAAGAGUCGACGAGUUAGAACGCCAGCUCAGUGCACAACUAGGCGUUGCUGAAUGCACACCCAGCCCUACAACGACAAGCAGUAGCGAUAGCAGCAAUGGCGAAUCAAUAAGAACCAAGGUACUACUUGGUCGUGAUGAUUCGCAAUGUAAAUAA